AUGAAAAUUUCAAAUAUAUUUAUUGUUCUUGUUCUUUUGUCAAUUACGAAUUUAUUAAAAACAUGUUUAUCUGUAGAAAAAAAUUUACUGGAAAAGUUCAGAGCUUUAGAGAAAUCUAGCGAUAAAAUGAAUAAAAAAAAAAAAAAUAAAAUAAUUGCCGCAUGUUUAGGUGUAGGUUUAGUAGCAAUUGCAGUAGCCACGGGAGUAGGACUUAUCAUUUAUAAGAAAAAUUCAAAAAAAAGAAAUUCACGUACCGAUGUUCCUCUAAAUAGAAAAAAAUACGGAGAAGAAGGAAAUAAACAUUCUAGUAAGGAAAGUUUUAAGAAAAUGGUAUUUAAUUUAGCUACGAAACAGUUUAGUGAUAUGAGUUAUGAUGAAAAAUUAAAUAUGAUUAAAGAUAAAAAUUAUUUUAGAGAAAUGAUUAAAGAACUAGCAGAAAAAGAAAAUAUUUCAAUUAGCAAAUAUGAAGUGGACAACAUAAUUAAUCAUAUCAAUUCAGGUCUCAAGGAUAAAUUUGAUUUGUUUUUAAAUAAUAAUCGUAAUAAAGACGUAAUGCUCAGUAUUGAAAAUGAAGCGCUCAAUGAAUUGGAACAUUUUUUUAAUAAUUUAAGUGAAGAAAAAAAAAUUUUCACUUCGUUUCCUUAUAAGUUUGUGAGUGACACUAUUAAAAGUGCUGCAACAAGUAAAGGGAUAAUACUUUCAAAAGAAGAAUUAGAACCUUUGAUUGACAAUGUGAAUUUUAAAUUAUUUUUUUUAAAUUAA